AUGGAAGCAGCCGCGUCUAAACGUGGCUCAAUGUGGAAUGCUGUCUCUAAAGGGGACACGUAGCGCCCCUCGACUGCUCACCACUACCGUGUCUCCUACUGGACUCUUACUGCUCAUCGCCAAGUCUCCACAUUGUCUCAAGAAACCGACGCCACCACUUGCCCCGCUCGUCGUGCGUGCGCGCGUGCCACGUCCAUCCGUCCGUCCGUCCAUCGGCCCGUGGCGCCCCGGCGGGAACGAUGUCCGCUGCGCGCCGCGUCGUGCGGCAGAGCAAGUUCCGCCACGUGUUCGGGCAGGCGGCCCGGCCCGAGUUUUGCUACGAGGACGUGCGGGUGACGCGCACCACCUGGGACUCGCCGCUCUGCGCCAUCAACCCUCGCUUCAUCGCAAUCCUCACCGACGCAUCGGGCGGCGGCGCCUUCAUCGUCCUGCCCAUCAUCCGGACGGGGCGCGUGGACAAGUCGAACCCCACUGUGUGCGGACACACGGCACCUGUCCUGGACAUCGCCUGGUGCCCGCACGAUGACAACGUCAUCGCCAGCGGCUCCGAGGAUUGCACCGUCAUGGUGUGGCAGAUCCCUGACGCGGGGCUGUACCGCCCCAUGACGGAGCCGGUCGUGUGCCUGGAGGGGCACUCACGGCGCGUGGGCAUCGUGGCCUGGCAUCCGACGGCUCGCAACAUCCUCAUGAGCGCAGGCUGCGACAACGUCAUCAUCGUGUGGAACGUGGGCACAGGCGACGCCGUGCUCAGCCUGCCGGACCUGCACGGGGACCUCAUCUACAGCGCGGCGUGGAACCGCGUGGGCUCGCUCGUGGUGACCGCGAGCCGAGACAAGCGCGUGCGCGUCAUCGACCCCCGCAAGGGGUGCACCAUCGCCGAGAGGAUGACCCCACACGAGGGCAUCCGCCCGAUGCGUGCGCUCUUCACGAGGGACGACCUCGUCUUCACCACCGGCUUCACGCGCAUGAGCGAGCGCCAGUUCGGCCUCUGGGACCCGAAAAAAUUCGAAGAGCCUAUCACGCUGCAGGAGCUCGACUCGAGCAAUGGAGUCCUCAUCCCGUACUACGACAUGGACACAAACAUCAUCUACCUGUGCGGAAAGGGCGACUGCACGAUCCGCUAUUUCGAGGUCACUCCGGAACCUCCCUACGUCCACUUCUUGAACCUUUUCAGCAGCAAGGAGCCUCAGCGCGGCAUGGGCUUCAUGCCCAAGCGUGGCCUGGACGUCAACAAGUGUGAGAUCGCGAGGUUUUACAAGCUGCAUGAACGCAGAUGUGAGCCCAUCAUCAUGACCGUGCCCAGGAAGUCGGACCUUUUCCAGGACGACCUCUACCCAGACACGGCAGCAGCUCAAGCAGCCAUCGAGGCGGACGAGUGGCUCAGCGGCAAGGAUGGCGAGCCCGUGCUCGUGUCACUGCGGGGGGGCUACGUGUCUACGCGUAGCAAGGACGUAAAGGUUGUGCGACGGAACGUGUUGGACAACCGCCCGGCGAACCCGGACGUCCGCAAUGGAGCAGCUCCGCCCCCAACGCUCGCCCGCAGCAAAUCCGUGUGCAUGGGCGGCAAGGAAAUGUCAUACGAGGACAUCCUCAAGGACGUGUGCGACGAGGUGGGGCUCCUGCGCACGGUCGUGCGCAACCAGGAGCGCCGCAUCGGGCAGCUCGAGGAGUCGGUGUCGUCGCUGACUCAGGCCUUGGAGGAGGCGCUCGCCAUGGUCGACUCGGACGAGGAGCCCUCCCGGUCGACGGGUGGCCGGGACUGGCGCUGGGACGGACCGUCGAGCGGAAGGGACGCGGACGCCGGACGCGGGUGGGGACAGCCGUCGGCGCGCGCACAGGCAGACAAAGCGGCGGCGGUGGCGGUGGGAAGGAGGGAGCCCCUCCCGGACCCAGACAGGGCCAGAGACAAGGGCAGAGAUGUCGCUGUCGACAGGCGUUCGGACGAGGGUGGGGUUAAGACGAAGGAGAAAGAAGGCCGUCCGCACUCAGAGAAAGAUAAGGCGAAGGGGAGAGGGAAUGAGGCCGAGACGCGCACGGACAAAGCCAGGGAUAAGGCAAAGGACGGGGAUGACUGUUCAGGCAAGGGCAAAGCUGCAGACAGUGAAAAGAGUGUCGAGAAAGCGAGGGCUCAAGCAAAGGACAAAGACGACCGCGCGGACUUAGCGACGCACUCAGAGAAGGACAAAAUCAGGGAUGGGGAAAAAAGCAGAGACAAAUCGGUGGACAAAGAAGCGCACCUGGACAAAGCCAGAGAUAGGUCUAAAGAUAAAAGUGAAUGUUCGGACAGAGCCAAGGACAGAGUAUCGGACAAAGAGAAACACUUUAACAUCGAGACACUGCUCGACAAAGACAGGCAGAAAGACAAACACUUUAACAUCGAGACACGUUUGGACAAACGCAAGGAUAGGGGCAACCACGAGGAGACGGGGGCGCACACGGGGAAGGAUACGCCCCACGGGGACACUGAGGUGAGCGUUAGCGAGCCUAGGCAGACGGAUGCGGACAAGGAUGUCCCUGCCACCAUUUCGGGUGCAGGCGAGGGUCACACGGAGACACCUGCCACAAUAGCCGAGGUGCCCUCGGACAAAGGGGACUUGCACUCAGACACAGGCAAAUCGCCAGGCACUCAGGCGGUCGUUUGACGCUCGUUCCGGGGGUCGAGGGGGGAGGGAGGGGCCGCUGGACGCGCGCACGAGCUCUUGAAUUGAAAUGCUUGACGAAAGAAUAUCUCGGAACCUUUUUGGAUUGUGUCACGAUUGUUUCCCAGGCGUUGAGACUAUCAGACGUGCUGGGGCCGGAAGGUGCAUCCAUUGCAGGGCACGUCUUUGAUAGAGCUGGCAGAGUUUCACAUCUAUCGAUUUUUUUUCAGGGAAAGGCUGGAGAAGCUGAUGCUACAGAUCUUCUGUUGCCUUUUUUUUUUUAAAUAGACACCUCUUAACGAGCAAUUCGAUGGUACUUCUUGAAUGCUGUACAGUGCGGCACGCCGACAUUUCAGUCUUCUGAUAUAUUUAUACAUUUCGGCUGUCAGCAGUUGGCCAAACCGACCGAACAGUGCGAUAACCAAAAGGAUGCAUUUGGUGCACAUCGGUGAGCAGGUUUGAGAUCAUCACCUCGCUACAAUCGAUAACCCUGGUUUAGCCGCGGGUGACUGCCCGAACCCAGAACUGCAGCAGUCGCAAAUCAGUGCUCAAAUGCAGGCGAUCGAUCAGCCACCCUACCGUGUAACUCGGCUGCAUCAAGGCACUUUUUUUUGGAAUCGGUCAAAGGUUUGUGGAUGUCACAAUGCCUAUUAAAAUUGCAAUUCUUAAUGGGACUGCGUUUGUCUGAGUGACUGGAAGCCUUCUUAGACUUCGUCCCCCCCACCACCCCGGUCACUUUUCACCUCGUACGACUGGGGCUUUCACCCAAGUAAACCACUACCUUGCCACUGCUGCCCCGUAGUGGAGACGCGGUGUAUUCACGGAUUGGGGGUCAAAUCAGUAUUUUUGUUACAUAGGUCAAACAUCUGAGGUGGUAUGCAGCUGAUCUAGCAAUCUGUCUUAUUUCUUCUGGGCAGAACGAGUCAUUACUAGUUUCUGUACGUCACGAAAAGUACUCGAGUAAUGGAGUUUCGUAUAUAUAAGGAGUUUUAAGCGUGUGCUAAACACACUCAAUUUGACUUUAAAUCUUUCCGCUCGGGAAAGCUUCGCCGCUGAGUCUUCUCCAAGACUCAUCUUCGUCAAUGUUAGGCGAGAGAGGUGAAUUUAUUUUUUGAGUCUUUGGUUUUUGUAGGAAACUUUUUAGGAAUAAUCGUUAUUUUAUAAUGCGCCUUUCAUAUCGAAUUGUCUUGACGUGCUGUAUGUAAACAAAUACAGUUUAAUCUAUCCUCAAAAGAACACAUACAAAUCAAAUCGAAAUGCAGUAAAACCCGAUAAUAAAUAACAAUAAUGGUAACUGCACUUGCAACAUAAAUAGGUGGCGAGAUGUUGAUUCCCUCACCUGACAUGCGGGAGGUCGUGGGUUCGAUCCCGAUCCUGGCGCCUGUAUAUUUGGAGUUUGCAUGUUCUCCCCGUGUUUGUGUGGAUUUUUUUUUCUCCGGGUCCUCUGGUUUUCCCCUCGACAUUUAGAAACGUGCGUUUUAGAGUAUUUGGCUGCUAUACAUUUCUACAUGAUAAGCCACGUCGGUGAGCUUUCAUUUGUGGCCAGGUUGCUUCUGAAAAAGAGCUGCAUAGCUCAGUGAGCCUUACCUGGUAAAAUAAAAAAAAUAUUUUAAAAUGUUAUUUUUUUAUUCAGACAAACCACAAUAAAAGCCAAUUAUAAUAAUUGCACUCGGUAUCGGUAAAACUACUGGAAUUACUACACUCAACAUUACACGUGAAAUACAAUGACAUCCAAAAAGCAGGCAUCUCUUAUGAAAGCGUACAAGAUAACCCCCCAAGUGCAGAUGUACACAGCAAGCCUGGUUGCUGUACUGCCCUACACAAAUCAUACUUCAUUGCCCAGUUGAUGGUCGUUGAUUGGUCCAGCAGACCAACCUCCCGUUCUGCCGGAUUGGACAUGCAGGAGAAACACCGUGUCAGCCGACCGGUGACAAUUGUGAAUGAAACCCUUGCACUGCUAAAGGCUCACACCCGGCAGUAUUACUCCGGUAGCCGUUUGGGCCCCAUGGUAAGCGAGAUGUUAACUACCUCGCCUGGUAUAGAGGAGGUUGUGGGUCUGAUCCUGACCCUGACGCCUGUACAGUUGGAGCGUGCGUGUUCUCCCCGUGGUCGCGUGGAUUUUUCUCCGGGUCUUCCGCGUUUCCCCUCCACAUUUAGAAACAUGCGUCUGGAGUAUUUGUCUGCUGCUAAAUUUCCACGCCGAUAAGCCACUUCGUUGAGCUAUCAUUUGUGGCCAGGUGGCUUCUGGAAAAUAUCUAUUCAGCCCAGUGGGCCUUACCUGGUGAAAUAAAAAAAUUGUUUCGUUGUAUACUCUUUGGUUCUUUCAGUAAAGUCACGUAGGUAUUUUUAUUCUUAUUUUUUAUUUUUUUACCUACGUGACUUUACCGAAAUAACCAAAGAGUAUGGAUCCUUGCAGUCACGAAAACUUCAAAUCUAGAAUGGUUUCGUUUAGUUAGCGUGCAUAAACACCGAGGGAUGGGAUCGAGCGAGAGGGGACUUGCAAUAUGGAGAGACGCAUUUCUGAGUUGCUCUGUUGCAAGAGAGGUGCCAACACCUGGCUUCUUCCUAGGGGGGUUCUAAAACAUUUGCCCAAUAAUAGGCGUCUUAACGUGGCCGUGACGACAAAUCAGGGCAGUUCACAAAAAUUCAAGGGGUCCACAGUGCGUGGCUGUAGUCAAGGUCACACGUGGCCACUUGCAAUUUGUAUCAACUGCAAGUUGUAAUUAGAAUAUGCCCAAUGUGCCGAGCUAUUAACGUGAUCGUGUGCCAGAUAAAUGGCAGUGAAACUCAUCCUAUUCACCCUUCUGUAUUCUGCACUCGCAACUCGUGUACAUUCGUGACGGACUUGACUCAUAAGAGUGCGCGACAAGAAAUGCCGAGACUUACUUCACUUACAAUCGACCUUCCUAUUAUCCACUCGUAUGCACAGAUACGAGGCGUAACACAGAACUAGUGGCCAAUCCCAUCCCAUUAACCAUUCUUAUUUUCGCAGCUUUUGAACCAACCCAAAUGUACCCGUAAGAGAGACCUCACGGAAGCAUUUUAUUUAGCCGGGCUGUGUGUCGAGGUGAGGAUUGUGUGGAUCAGGUGAUAAAACUCCUUGUGGGGCAUCGAUGAGGUUCCACACCCUGGCUUGCCAGGAGAAGGUAGUACAGCAAAAUGUGGACCCCCACCAGUUCCAUCUCUUUGGGAUCGAGUAUUACCCCCUCGCACUAGUGGUGCUCUGGUUUCCUCCCACUGGCCGAUUACACCUUACCGUACAAAUUGACUCCAGGGGGCUUGUGGGUAAAUUUGGCGCUGUCACACCGCUUGCCUGUCUUUCCCAUGUAUGGUUCUUCCCCGCAUCUCCGAGUCGUUUUUUUUUCUGUAUCUCAGAGUGAGCGAUAACCGUGCAUGUAUGCACGCUGGACUUCUUUUGCACUGUGCGUAGCCAGCCGUGCUGAUCGGAGGCGCACGUUACAAGUAGAAAUUACGUAAUUGUACAAUUGAUCCUUAUUCGCGACACUCAAACGUGGAUGAGAGGAGUAACCGGGAAUUGGCCGUGAUUUUCCACGCAGGAAAAUAGCGGAACGUGCAGAUCCACCCGUAGCGCCCCCUGCCUCGACAAUCGCCAAAAGUAAAGAAUCCCAGAAUUGUGACAGUUCAUUGAAUGUUGGUGGGGAUGGGGAGGGACUUAGAGACAAGAGGUUGGUGGUGACGAGGCUUGUGAUUGACAGUUCUUGCCGGUCGCAUAUGGACCGUACAAACCCUCAGGGAUAUCGCACAAGCAACGAAGGAAGCUUUGGAGAAGCGUGGUGGUGGUGGUGGUGGCAUCAGUGACAUUGUGAUGACCCCCCCUUGACAAUGUCAAAUAUGGAAAAGAAAACUCUACAAUAACAAUAAAAAAAAUCGCUCAGAUUCACAAUAAAUGUACACGUCGUGGGAGGAAAACCCCUUUGCACUUUCUCCAGUCUCGUGUUUGCCGCAUGGUACUGGCCACAGUGUGGGUGGUGUUAAGAGUGAAUUUCCAUCAACAGGUCGACGUUAUUCAGCCGGCUGAUGACACCGUGCUCUGUUGAAGUUUCCCCGCAGUGGGUCGAGCCAGUACUGCUCAAUGUAAUCAACCAAUUCUAGAGAAGGAAAGGUCCACAGUGAAUGGAAUCUCUGCUGACACGCGUACACGACCGACCGAUUUACGGCCAACGCUGGAUGGAGGGCCUCCUUUCCACGCAAUGCGGCUCACGUGGGGAUUGAUUGACCGUGAAGUCUAAUGUCAGUGCGGGUCGGCGAUGACGUGCGGCAUAGCUGCGGGAGCAUAGAAGUACAAUACAACGAAGUAGGGCAACGGGCACAGGAACCAGCGGUCAGUUUCAAGCUGGUUUAAAGAGAAACGCGUUUCUCGUGACACUUUCACGAAUUGGCUUUUGGAUGAGAACUUUGUGGACUUUAAUAAUUAUUAAUUGGCUCAUAUUCUUCCUUCUCCUCCUUCUUCUUUCGUAUGGCUGAUGUAGAUGCAGAGCAGCAACUACAAAUUCACACUCAGGUGGUCAAGCCAGAUAACUGCGUCAGGAGCACCGGAGUGCAUCGCUGUGAUGUCUCCUGCGUGUGAACACGUGUGCAUUUAAUCCACGUUGUAACGGAUGUAAUAUUGAAUCCUCUCCCCCUCCUCCCCCCCUCUCCCUGUCUGUGUUGCUUUGGGAAUAAAUCGCACGCGGUGCAUUAUGCACCGUGCUUCCGUAUGGGUGGACAAAACCUGGAAUAAAAAAUAAGAUGAAAUCGAAAAUGCGGGAAUUCCCAAAGAAGGACGUCUCGAUUUAACGCUGAAACCUCCGAUGCGGCAACUCUGAGCCGAGGUGUGUGUCAGUCGAUGGUAAAGAGAAGCGUUUCCCAAACGCCGGUCCUCACGACCCAAUUGACUCGCAAAUAUGAAUUCAGUCAUUCCACGCUGCACGCGCCAGAUGAUUGUUAAUCACGUCCCACGUGGCACGCGUAGCAAUUCACGGCUGUCUGCAUCGCGUUGAACAAGCAAAGGCAAAGAUCCCCUGUAUAGCCUUGCCAGACUGUUGGGGCAAGUGCUGUUUUCGAUGGAACACAUGCACACACACGUUUUUACGCACACAAACGCGCGUGUGUGCACGCAUGCGUACGCACGCCCACACCGAGAGCUCAACCGUAAUUGGAAUCUUCUUUCUAUUAACCCAGACGGCGUUAAUUGCUUAGCGCGGCAUGUGUGGGAACAUGUUUGACAGUCGUCUGGGGCAUGCAACAUGUAACGAGUUAAUUAGCAUUUUCUUGUUUUUUUCGGUAAAGUUACGUUGGCAAAAAAUUAAAAUAAAUUAAAUCACGACGUUUCGGGCGCAACACGAGCGUCCUUUUUCAGGUGGGACAACUUAGCGAAAGCACAACCGCUUAAAAGCGAAAGCACACCGCUUACGUGACUUUACCGAAAAGACCAAAGAGUAUGAAUCACUGCAGUCACGAAAACUUGAAAUCGAGAGCUAAUUAGCAUUUUCAUUGGGAAAAAUAUAUUAGUAAACGCGGAAAGACACUGCGUGGUGAGUCUGCGAGGACUGGUAUUUGGCGAAAAAGCUGGCAUAGAGGGACAACGCGGUUUAAGUGUUGAUGUUGGAAGCAAUCACAUUCUACUGUGCUGUGUUGUCUUGUGUUACUAUUAGAAGUGGGACCCGAGUUUUCCGCUUUGAGAGUCACGAUUGCGACUCGUAUCUCGAUCUCCGAACAUUGGGUGAGUCUGCGGCCAAUCGCAAUUGGUUCUGUGAGACAAUUCUAAAACAACAACAACAACAAAAAGGUUAUUUUAUAUAAGAUUUGCUUUUAUUCGGUGUGUUUUUUUUCCAUUCAACCGAUUCCAAUUUGUGCUCAGUAUUUUUGGGCAGUCGUAUCUGUCAGCUGUGUGGUAAGUUCUGUUGCGUUUAUUAAAGCGGCUUAUGGAGUUUACGUG